ACUUGAUGGGGUCAUAUCAGCUCUACUGGAGGCAGAUAUGUGGAGAAUGAACGUUUUUCAAUAUAAUUUUAAUGUUCUACCAGCUUUCUCGGUAACUCUGUUAUAACUCUACUAUUUAACUCUACUAUUUCCUCAUUGUUUGUUCAGUGGGAAAAUUCUUCACAUUCAGCAACCUUAUCUGUGUAAAGUGAUAUGACGGAUAUGAGCAAAUGGAAGGUGGAUAAGUUACAGAAUACUGGAACAAUAUCACAAGACAGAAAUAUGAUUUUUUUUUUGUUUUUUUUUGUUUUGUUUUGUUAUUGUUUUGUUUUGUUUAUUAACUUUGUAAUGAUUAACUCUGAAACCCUUUGCAGUGAACUCAGGUUGUGCAGAGAAGACUGGUACCACAUAAUUGUAUAUUUUGAAUACAUGUAGAUAGGACCAACAUACAAACUAAAUUGGAAAUAGUUUUCUGUCUGAGCCUAUGUUGUCAUUGCUUGGACCAUGAUUGAUUGUUACAGCUUAAAAUCUGUAAUAUUUCUAUUCUAAAUAGAUUCAAACUGCUUCCUACAUCUGCUAAGCUUACUAAUUAAAGUUUUUACACCUGUAUAUAAUUUACAGUAGGCUGCCAUGGCUUCCUUUUGUUUACACAAACCCUUUAUGAAACAGCAAAUCUUAAAUCCACAUGUAAAAGCCAUAGGUUAGAAACCUGUUUGACCUUCCAUACCAGACUCUUUAUGCAGAACAUUAUUUCCUUCUGGAAAAGAGGACUUUGCACUUCAUGGCUCCGUGUUUGCUCCGUGUUUGCUCCCGUCUGUGGUGUGGUAUGUAUGUUUGCUCUGCUGUGAUUAGAAAUUAUUAAGCUUAACGUACAUGUAGUCUGUUGUUUCUGUGUUCACCAGAGACUUUGUUUAAUUAUUCCACAGGCAGCUGUCAUUUUUCUACAAACAAGUCCAGUUUACUCCUGAAUAAAUCAGAGCUGAGGUUUAUUAUGGCUGAUUCUGAAUUUGCUUUUCAGAGCAAACAAGCAAACGAGUCACAAAGUGUGAAUGAAAGAGACGUACAGUAAGUGUGGCUGGCUUGACUGAUGGUUUAUGAGUGUGUGUGUGUGUGUGUUUGUGUCAACAACGCUGUACCAAACAGGUCUUGUCGAACAGGUUUUUUUACACGCCCACAUGCAGCACAAACACAGGCACAUGCUUUUCAAUAAAAUCCGACAGGGCGUGGAAAGCGCUUGUCUUUCUCUAAUAGUCCUUUCUCUACCUCCUCCACUCAGUCUGCUGAUUUGCUAUGGUGUGAGUGUGUCUGUGUGUGUUUGCGCCAUCAGCUCCAGCUGUGUUCGUUGUUUCACCAGCAGGUAUUACCCUUCAAACACACUCAGGAUGGCGGGGGAGUGUGUUCCCGAGGGUCCCGACCUGAAGGAGAUGGGCGAGGAGGAAAUGUGGGAGCUGAUUAACGACAACCGUCACAGGAUCUCUUUAGGGGUACGGCCAUGCAUCUUGAUCCCGUACCUAAGGCAGGCCAGGGUUCUCACAGAGAUGGACGAGGACGAGAUUCUCUCUUGCCACAACCUCACCAACCGAUCCAUGAGAACCAGUUACAUGUUGGAUCUCCUGAGGACCCAAGGAAAGAAUGGAGCUAUAGCAUUGCUGGAGAGCCUGAUGAUCCAUUACCCCACCCUCUACACCCAAGUUACUGGAAGCAAGCCCAGCACAGAGCCCUCAAGAUUCAGUGGCCUGAUUAAGUACUCAGAGCUUACUGAGUAUCUCAUCAGAGCAGUUACGGGGAUGCAGAAGGAGCUGCAGGAGGCUCGCAGUGAGGCUGGAAGAAUGAGUGCACGCUGCGCCUCCCUGGAGUCAGAGCUGGGACAGAUAGUGGAGCAGGAAGAGAAGUCAAGAUGCCUUCAGUCUGACAACGAGCGCAUGCAGAGACACCUCUGUUCUUUGCAGCGUGAGGUCACCAAGCUGAAGGAUGAGAAGUGUGACAUGUACAUACGCUACACAGCUUCCAUCGAGGAGAAAUCGGCUAUGAACCAGCGGCUCCACGACCUAAACCUGCAGGUGUACCAGCUGCAGACUGAGCUCCAGAGUAUUCAGCUGGAAAAUGGCUUCCAAAAGCAGCGCUCGCUCAGAUGUGUUUCUGCCCCGGAAACCCCACACCUGCAAGAAGAAGUCAGAAGCCUGCGCAGCCAGCUAGCCAAGGCAGAAAAACUGGACCCGGCUUGUCGGGACAUCCUGGCUCAGGAUCUGGCAGAGGCCAUAGACAGUCAGGUGGAGCUUGCAGAGCAGCUCAAGUGUUCCAGGGAAGAGAAUGAAAAGCUGCUCAUAGACAAACAAGAGCUCGUGGAUCAGAAUGAGUGCCUCAGCCUUCAGGUGCAGCAGCUGACACUGGACUGCAAAAUGCACCAGCAGAAGAGCACCAUGAUCCAGAACCAGAUCAGAGAGCUGCAGACAGAAAGAGACCAGGCAUACGUGUCCCGAGACGAGGCCCAGGCCACGAUCGCCCGCAUCCUGGCUGAGAAGGACACCCUGAGGAGUCAGCUGGUGGAGCUCCAGGAGAAGGUGUUCAGCAUUCAGGCCAAACGCAGCCCCAGAGAACAGCGACAGAGCUCUGAUGAGAAGGAGGUCAGCUGGGAGAACCUGACGUCCAGCUGUAAGGAGUUCCCCCUCACAACCAGACGCAGACUUUGCCGCAUGGAUGCACUUAAUCCAGUUUCAUUUCGUUCCUGUAGUUCAGAGUAUGAAGAAACUGUGGCAAGCAGCAUCCGAUCCAGAAAUGUGCAGCCACCCAGUCCAGAGUCUCUACGCCGAAGGGAGGAAGUUUUAUACGCAGACAGCAGUUUAGAAACAGCAGAGACGGAUUCUCUACUGGACGACUUUGUGCUCCUUCCUGAUGUGGAGGCUGAAGACAAACAGACGACCAAGCUUUGUUCUUCACGUGGCUUCAGCUCUGAUGGCCUCCUGAAAACCCCGCCCCCCCUGUUUUUGGUACGAUCUCGCCCAAAAGCCAUUCGUGUAAAUGGCCGCAUUCUCAGCAUCUCCUUCAGUGGCGAGGCACUGCUCAGCCAGCUGACAGUCGUCGGGGGCAACAAGACUGGAGUGUUUGUGCACCAGGUGACCGAAGGCAGCGCCGCUCACACCGUCGGCAUAAGCCCCGGAGCGCAGAUUGUGGAGGUGAAGUACCAACAGCACCAGAGAGCCCUGAAGAUGGUGCUGGAGGACUCCACCUUGGAGGAAGCCACAUGGGCUCUCAGCCAAGUUACAGGUUUCUGUCACCUCUCCCUCCGGCCCAGACAAACCGACUACGAGACGCUGCUGCAGCAGCUGCAGAGCAACGACAUGUCCUCUGGAGACUCCUUCUAUGUCCGGGUGAAUUUAUCCCUCCCAGCUGGUCCUGGUGGAACCUUGGCUGUGACCUGCAACGACAUCCUGCAUGUCACAAACACGCGACCUGCCGGCACUGAAGACCUGUGGCAUGCCAGCCAAGUUCACCCCUGCCAGCUGCUGGACCUGCAGAGUGGAACUGUACCCAACUAUUACAGGGCACAGCGACUUCUGAUUCGAGCGAUUGAAGAAAUGAGCUUUGAAACAAAGAAGUGUCAAAAGGCCGGACCUGAGGUGACUCAAGAGAAGGCGGUAAGGAUUGUCAGCAUGGGCCGACAAGGAAAGAACCCAAUGUGGGUCAGCGUGGAGGAAGAGCCCAAGAGCACAGAGUCAGGCGAUGCAUCUCCAUCCAAAAGUUGUGUCACACUCAUGCCCUAUACGCUGGUCACCCCCCACCACCCACCCAUCUGCAGGCCGGUCCUGCUGCUGCCCUCCGUCCUGGGACGCAUCCUGGACAAGAAGCUGGCAGACUGGCAGGGCUUUCAGCUCUGCGAGCCCGAGGUGUUGAGCUCCAGCGAGCAUGCGGCCCGGCUUCAGAGGUCCGAGAUCCUGGAGGAGUGUGAGCCGGGGGUAAACUGCUGCUACACCCUGCAGAGUGUUGAGAAAGUCAUGAGGAAGGGGAUCCACUGCGUGCUGCCGUUGGGCCUGGACUGUGUGCGUCGGCUGCGCCGCUUCGACAUCUUCCCCAUCAUCAUCUUCAUCAGUCAGUCUGCACGUAGUGCACGAAAACUGAGGUCUAAGCUGCAGCACCACGGCCAGUCGGAGGAGCAGCUGCUGGCGUGCUCGCGGAGCGAGGAGCCGCUGCUGGACAAGCUGCCGUGCCUCUAUCGCAGCAUGGCCCCGGACUCCUGGUGUGACCAGACCUCCCUGCUGACCAGCCUGCGCACCGUCAUCUGGGAGGAGCAGAGGAAGAUCGUCUGGGUGGAGCCGGAUCUGUGGUGAAGCAGAACAUCAGGAGGCGUAAUACUAAAUCCUGACAUAUUUAUAGUCUAAGUAAUCUUCACAAGAAACAUUUUUGUAAACAUGAGUAUGUAUCUGUGAUACUUCGAGGUGUGAGUGGAAAUAUUUUCUGCACUGUAUUUGUUUUUGAGUAUUUGUUUAUAACAAAUGUGUGUUUUGUCCUCUGAAGACAUUUUUCAGGGCUCUACAAUGUGCUGUAGAGAAUUAAAGCCCCACAAACAAAUGUUUAAUUUUAUUUUAUUCCUAAUCAAAGUGUUCAAAUGUUUGAUUUUAUUAAAGAAAGAUUGAAUUCUGUUUGAGAUAACAGAUACAAACUAAAUGAAAUCUGGGUUCAUAAGAAAUGUUACGAUAAUUCAGCUUUACAGCUGCUUCUGCUUCUUCUUGACCAGCCUGACUUAAACAUUCAGUCUGCACAAAGUCUCACCUCGUCUCUGAAUUUCUGUGAAAUUUGUAAUAGAGUGAACACAUCAGUGUCUAUUUUAAUAAAUGAUGUAGGAAUAUUUUUAUCUGCUGGUCAUUAAAUUCUGAUUUAUGUUUGUGUCAAUAUUCAGAACAUGUUCAUGUUAAUGUUUUUUAAGUUUCAUUUAAAAAUGUAUUUAAUUCAUUUGUCUGACAUAAAGUCUGCAUGC